GAACUUGGCAAGAUACUCACAAAGAAUAUUUUGGCACCGCUGGAUAAGCCUGCGGACAUUAAGGGUCACACCAGCUCGAAGCACCGAAAUGAGUGAGCGCAAGGCGGCUUGCGAUGGCAGCAUGGGAAAGUUAGGUUAGGUUCCCGACAUCCUCCUACUUCGCCCACGAGCUCUGGGUCGGCCGGAUCCUCCAGUUCGCACGACGCCGGCCGCUCACGCGCCCCGUGGACGACCCUGGGGUCUGGGCCAAGGUCCAGUGGUACUACUCCGGCGCCGAUGUCGCCAACGACACCAACACAGAGUGAGUCUCCCACAGUUCUUUCCAUUCUACAGACCGCUUUGGUCGUCCACGCUAGCGCCGCCGCCGCCGCCGCACAUGCCCCAAAAAGCCCUGCCAACAUCCAGGCCAGCUACGGCCGCUACGAGCGCCUGCGCGCCGACGAAUCCGACUACGACUACGUCGCGCAUACCUCCUUCAACGGCCCCACGAAGGUCAUAGAGCACCGCGAGGCGGACAUCGAGCAGCCCCAGAUCGCCGAUGGCGAGUUCUAUGUCCGCCGCGCGUACUCCCGCCUCUCCAAGUGUGCCACCACCUAGUCACCUGCACCGCGGACUGCAACACCGUCUACAACCUCGACGAUGCGCGCCCCAUGCACUUCUGCCCCAAGCCCGCCUGCCGCCAGUGGUUCCCCUGCGACUGCCUCGAGCACGCCGAGUCGCACGACGCGCACGACUCCGUCGACACGCAUGCGUUCAACCUCCUGCGCUCAGAUCCAGACAGCGACGACCCCUUCCCCCUUCCACCCCCCUCCUCACGAGGG